UUAUUUCCGACCAAAGUGUCAGCACACAGUGAGAGAGCGAAUCUAGAGUGGUAAAAUCUUGAAAGAGGAAAAAUCCCCUAUAAUUAGUACUCCAAUUAACUCUGUAGUCUCUUCAAUCAAGAUUCAGAGGACCACAUCUCCAUUGAUAUGGAUUCCUCCUCAGCUUCACAAGACCCUCCCAAGCCAAAGAAAUCAUCUUUAACAACCCCACCUAAGCAUUCUUGGAUUCUUCCUUACAAAACCCAAAGCCUUGACACUGUUUACACUAUAGGCAAAAAGUUGGGCCAAGGUCAGUUUGGAACUACCUAUCUUUGUACUGAAAAAUCCACUGGCGAUCUUUAUGCUUGCAAGACUAUACCAAAGAAGAAGCUGAUCUGUAAGGAAGAUUACGAGGAUGUUUGGAGAGAGAUUCAGAUAAUGCACCAUUUGUCUGAGCACCCAAAUGUUGUAAGAAUAAAGGGUACUUAUGAAGAUGCUUUAUAUGUGCAUAUAGUUAUGGAGCUUUGUGCUGGUGGGGAGCUCUUUGAUAGGAUUGUUGAAAAGGGCCAGUAUAGUGAAAAAGAAGCAGCGAAGUUGAUCAAAACAAUUGUUGGGGUGGUCGAGGCUUGCCAUUCAUUAGGAGUCAUGCAUAGAGAUCUCAAGCCUGAGAAUUUCUUGUUUCUCAGUUCUGAAGAGGAUGCUGCUCUCAAGGCCACUGAUUUUGGCCUUUCUGUUUUCUACAAGCCAGGUGAAACAUUUUCGGAUGUUGUUGGAAGUCCUUACUAUGUUGCCCCAGAGGUUUUAUGCAAGCAUUAUGGACCUGAAUCAGAUGUAUGGAGUGCAGGAGUUAUCUUGUACAUAUUACUUAGUGGUGUUCCACCUUUUUGGGCAGAAACUGAUAUGGGAAUCUUUCGUCAGAUUCUGCGAGGCAAACUAGAUUUUGAAUCUGAACCCUGGCCUGGAAUUUCAGAUAGUGCAAAGGACUUGUUACGCAAAAUUCUUGAUAGAAAUCCAAAGAGGAGGAUAACUGCCCAUGAAGUUUUGUGCCAUCCGUGGAUCGUGGAUGACUCAAUGACCCCUGAUAAACCUCUUGACUCUGCAGUUCUUUCACGCCUCAAGCAAUUCUCAGCAAUGAACAAACUAAAGAAAAUGGCUUUGCGUGUGAUUGCCGAACGGCUAUCAGAAGAAGAAAUUGGUGGCCUCAAGGAGCUAUUCAAAAUGUUAGACACAGACAAUAGUGGAACGAUAACUUUUGAGGAACUAAAAGAGGGAUUGAGGCGAGUAGGUUCUGAACUAAUGGAGUCUGAGAUCAAGGAUCUUAUGGAUGCGGCAGACAUUGACAACAAUGGAACAAUAGACUAUGGGGAGUUUAUUGCUGCUACUGUUCAUUUAAACAAACUGGAAAGAGAGGAGAAUCUAGUAUCAGCCUUCUCUUUCUUUGACAAAGAUGGUAGUGGAUACAUAACUAUCGAGGAACUUCAGCAAGCCUGCAAAGAAUUUGGUCUAAGCGAGCUCAAUCUUGAUGAAAUAAUUAAAGACAUUGAUCAAGAUAAUGAUGGACAGAUAGACUACGGGGAAUUUUCUGCAAUGAUGAGGAAAGGCACUGGUGGAGGCGUUGGAAGGAGGACCAUUAGAAACGCUUUGAAUUUAGGAGAAGCACUUGGACUCGUACAGAGGGAAGAAAAUGUAUAAACCAUCCACUAAUCUAAACGAGUUCCUGUCCAACUAUAUGACAUUUACUGCUACAAGUAUUAGGUGUUGCACUUGAUCCCUUCCCCUGCUUUAUGGAUGGCUGGUUUAUUUGUUCAAGCUUAGAACUUUAGAUUUUGGUACCAGUAACGAAGAACAAUUUUCUUCUAAAUCUGCUUCUUCUUCCUUC